ACUAAGAGUGUCGGCGACCCGUUUGUUAUCGGGACUUUAGUAGGACGUCAUUUUCCUCGACCGGGGGUGGCUACCGCCACUCUUGAUUAAUAAAUUUUUGAAGAUGAAACAGCAAGCGUCCGGUUGGCCAAGCUGGUGCGUUACCGAGGCGGAUAAGCAAAAAUACAUUAGGGAUUACAAAGGGAAAGAAAAUAUAGACCUUGAAUAUGACAAAAUCGUACAUAACCCUGGUUGGCGGAGCGUGAGUAAAUUGUUUCUUAAUAGUUUUUGGGGUCGGUUCGGAAUGCGGUUGAACUUCCCCAAAACCGAGUUACUUUCGGAUCGUGAUGAGAUCCUAGAGAGAUUUACCAACUUUCCCUCGAGGUAACGAGCUUCUUGCCAAUAUCGGACGACUUGCUAAUGAUCAAUACUAAGAACAUUGCGGAGGCCGUGCGACCGGGCCUGAAGACCAACGUAGUUCUGGCGGCAUUCGUCACUACGCAUGCCAGGUUAAAAUUAUACGAAUGCCUAGAAAAAACAGAUAAACGCGCGAUCUACUGGGACACAGAUAGUAUAGUGGCCUCUUUUAAGCCUAACGACGAGCGUUUACCUCUGGGGGACCAUCUGGGGGAUCUGACGGACGAACUUGAGGUAUAUGGAAAAAAUUCGUUCAUUAAAUCUUUUGUUGGUGCCGGUCCAAAAAAUUAUGCUAUGGAGAUAUGCAUAGGUGGUGAUCCGACUAAAACAACAACAGUGUGCAAAGUACGAGGCUUCACGCUGAAUUAUCGAGCGUCGAAAGUGGUCAAUUUUGAGACUGUGAGAAGAGCAGUUUUACAGGACCUCGGCCCGAUCCCCGUUCACAUACCCAAUAAAAUCGUACGCAAAACAAACUGGCGCAUCGUGAGCCGCUCAGAAUUUGAGAAAUACCGUGUGGUAUACACCAAACGUCGUCGUCUUGACAA